AUGAAAAUCUCUAUAGGGAGUGGAAAGAGAACCCACACUCGACAGGUCUUUGUUGUUGCGGCAUACAUUAUAGACGACCUCGCAAACGGAGACUCGGUCGCGAGGCCUGUAAUCUACUAUUAUUACGAAUAUGAAGACAGACCAACGCUGGAAACCCGUAGUGUAUACGGCACUUUACUAAAACAACUUUUCAUUGACGGCCUUGUCCCGAAUGGUAUACUCGAUGAAUUUGUCGAGAAAUGCGCAAGCGAUCGCCAUCCGCCUCACGAUCAGUACCUCAGUAGGCUGCUGCUCAAGGUGGUCGAAGGCAUAAGUAAACUUUUCGUCAUCAUCGACGGCCUUGAUGAGUGCGAUGAAAACAGCCAACAGACAGUAUGUGACACUCUGAGCCUCUUUGCUGCCAUCCCUACAUCCGCUGUCAAAAUACUAGUGACGUGUCGAAACGAAGAGCGUCCAUUGAAAUACCUGCAAAGCUUUCAGAAGCUCCAAAUAACGCCGGCCGCAACAUUUGAAGACAUUCAGAGAUUCAUCACUGCAGAGGUAAAGACUAAAAUUAUGCGCCAAGAAUUGACCCUUCGUAACCCAGCUUUGGAGCUUUAUAUUGUGGAUGAGCUUACCGCCAAGGCGCAGGGAAUGUCCGUCAUUACCCCUGACAUGGACCUAUGCGAAGCAGCAUCCGAUUCUGCUAUUCGAGAGAUUCUUAAGAAUCUGCCACGAGGGCUUGAUCAGACAUACUUGCGCAUCAUCAAGAAAAUUGACAGCUCUAUGAACAGAGACCUGGCGCGGAUGACUUUGCGAUGGGUCGCUAUAGCAAGGCGACCCUUGAAUAUCGAAGAAUUACAAGAAGCUGUAGCUUUUGAUAAGGACGAUAGGCAUUGGGACGAGGACAAGAUUCCAAACGGAGAGAAGUUGUUACAGGCAUGUUAUGGUCUUGUGAUCCGAGAUGAAGCUAACAAGGCUCAUUACGCACAUCACACUGUCCAACAAUUUCUCACGAGCCCAGAAUCUGAGGAAGACAAUGUUCAAUUGCCACUUUCUCACUAUCUAUGCUUCAAAGAAGACCUGGAACACAUGGCGGCAGAAGUCUGUGUGACGUAUCUUUGUUUCUCGGAUUUUGAGUCCGCUUUGAUAAAAAGUGAGGCAGAGAGAAGGGUCCUUGUUAAUGACGUAUUCAAACAUGGAGGCCCAAUCGCUAUCCCAGCGGCACUGGGUCUCAGAAGGUCCCUCAUCAAAUUACCAAUUAGACUUUUUGGUUCCUCCAACUUCAACAUACCACAGGUAGAUUUUGCACAGUAUGCAAACCCCGCCCGUCUCCGUAAAUGGCCUAGGCCGGACCUGCUCAAGAAAUAUGCCCUUUUAGAUUACAUCGUACAAUUCUGGCCAUGGCAUACAAAUCCAGCAUUACCAAGUAUGCGACCGUUCGAUACGCAAGAAACACGAACUUCUCGUACACGCCUCCCCACAAUCCCUGAGAAUCAAAGACCUUCGGCGAAUCAAGUACAAACCAUUGACCGGCUCUGGAAUCUCAUCUUCAACAAAACAUUGACUUUCGAGGUCCGUCCUUGGGGACCAAAUCAGCACUUUGGCCCAUACGGGUGCAAAGGCUGUCCUGUUCCUAAAGAUAUCCAACGGCCUUCGCUGCCCUUUAUGGCUUUGAUCCAUUGGGCAGCUGGGUUUGGUCAUUUCAGGCUCUUGAUGGCUCUAGGACCAGACCUCUCCCCACAUUUACUACAUGAAGAGUAUCACCAGGAGACUCUUCUCAUAGCUUGUAGACAUGGCCAUGAACGAAUUGUCCUAUUACUUUUGCAGUCAUUUGAUCACGACUUAGGAGAUGGUAGAGCUAUGUGGGAAGCUUGCGCUUACUCCCAGAUUGGCUCCUUGGAAUUACUUCUAAGGUACCAUAAAUCCUAUGGAAAGCAUUACUAUCGCCCGUCUUAUUACGUCCUAUUGUCGAAGCAUGGGAGUGAGAGGCUGACUUUGUUGCAAUAUGCUGCACAACAAGGCAGUAACGCGGUCUUUGAGCUGCUGAUCUCUCAACUGGAUGAAUCUUAUGCCCAAAUGGAUCAAGAUUUUGGAAAGACUGAGCUUCGGUAUGCGAUAAAGGGUGGCAGUGUGGACAUUGUCAACUUGAUACUCAAAAGCCCAACGACAUUACCGGUACAAGACCUUGUUUCCUAUCAAAUUGAGUACGGAGAAACCCCUCUGAUACUCGCGUCUAUGCUUAGAAACGCCCCAGUUGUGAGAGCCUUGUUGGCGGCUGGCGCACCAACAGAACGGACCUCCACAAGAUUCUUGGAUGUCCCGGUACAAGUCCAAAAAUGGGUCCAUGGAGGAAUGCUACCGGCGUAUGAUUCGCGUUCUAACCCUAGUCCUGAUUACAAAGGUGCGGCCGCUAUCCAUUUUGCGAUUCACGAAAAUAAUGCAGAUGUUUUACAAUUGCUCCCCAAUAUCGAGCAGUCAUGCAAAUGUGUGGUGCGCCUUGCAGGACGAGAAGAUUAUUCCCUAGAAUACAUCGAAUUACGACCCUUACACUUGGCUGCAGCGUAUGGACGAACCGAAUGCGCAGAGGUUUUACUAGCCAAAGGGGCGAAUAUUGAUGUUCCGUGUGACGACGUGGGAAUGACUCCGCUGCAUUUUGCAGCCAUGCGUAGUGGUCGUGAGCUUGUUGAAGCAUUACUUCGUUACGAUGCAGACUCACUGGCGGACGAUCGCUUCGGGCAUAAGCCACUUGGAUACGCUAUUUCUUCCGGAAACGCGAGUAUCCUGGCUCUGCUGCUGGGAAAACUGAAAGACGAACAACGGCUGUCUGCAAUGUUAGAACAAGAUUCAGGUCUGCUAUGUUCAGCCGUAAUGUGGAACCAUAUUGAAGCUGUUAAACUUUUGAGCCAGGAGCUUGCGAAUCCGAAAAUCACAGACAGCCGGACUGUGGCAUGGGAGAUACGACGUUCACUGUCUGAUGCAAUUUCCAGUCCUCAUGUUAAAGACGACAUAAUCAGAGUACUGGUCGGGGUUCAGCCCGAAAUUCUUACCCACAAUCACAAAAUCGAUGACCACGGAGAUGAAACGUUUCUGGACCGGGCCGUUCUCAGUCAAAAUGAAGCUCGGGUUAAACUCCUUCUGGAGCUGGGCGCGGGGGAUAGAUACCCUACAGUUGGCACCUAUUUGCAAUCAAUGGUCCCGAUAGCGCUUUCGCUUGCCAUAGACAACGUGUCUCCCGCCUGCUGCAGCGUACUGCUUACCUCGAAAAUGUACAAGCCACUCUCUUAUGUCCGGAAGAAUGCAUACGACUACGCUAAGACCCUGUAUCAGGAGCGAAAGCUUGCCUCUAGAUUUAAAGGCAAGGCAGAUCAGAGGCGCAUUCUGGAGCUAUUGAAAGAAGGCGUGGAGCACGACUGGGACCAUAUCUAG